GCCCACCGUUGGAGGAAACGUCGCCUGUGUUCCCCUUCGUCAUGUCAUCCACUACAACUUCAAGUCCAUCCCCAACGAACACCUGUGGGUCAGGGGGUGGCGCUGACACAUACUCUGGAUUGCGUAUCGCUUCCGUAUUCAUCAUCCUGGUCGGAUCGAUGUUUGGAGCUUUGUUUCCAGUACUCGCAAGGCGGUCAAGGUGGCUGCAUGUUCCUCAAGGCAUUUUUGAGUUCGCAAAAUAUUUUGGUUCUGGAGUUAUCAUUGCGACUGCAUUCAUCCAUCUUCUUGACCCCGCGUUGCAAGAACUCUCGUCGUCAUGUCUUGGAGACGCUUGGAAACAAUACCCGUACGCGCUUGCACUUGCUAUGCUCAGUUUAUUCUCCAUCUUUAUUGUUGAGUUGAUCGCCUUCCGGUGGGGAUCCGCAAAGCUUGCCGCUCUUGGGAUCAAACAUGAUCCUCACGGCCAUAACGUAGGAUCCCAUGCUGCUCACGGCCCAGAAAGUCAACAUGUCAAAGGAGAUUCUGGCGACGAUCGUAAUUCAGAAAAACUUCAGAGUGAUGAAGAAGCGCUCAGACAGCAAAAGAGUCUUGACGAUUCCGCAGUCGCUCAGGUUAUAGGAAUCUUCAUCUUGGAGUUCGGUGUCCUACUUCACAGUGUUUUGAUUGGUCUAACUCUUGCAGUUGAUCCUGAUUUCAAGAUUCUCUUCGUCGUUAUCAUAUUCCACCAGAUGUUCGAGGGUCUUGGUCUCGGCUCGCGGCUCGCUUUUAUGAAGCUUCCAGAACGGUUGAAUUAUGUUCCCAUCUGUGCAGCUCUUCUGUACGGUAUCACGACUCCUAUUGGAAUUGCAGCGGGGCUCGGGGUUAAGACGACCUACAACCCAAACAGCACGACUGCUUCUAUUGUCAGUGGUGUGCUAGAUUCUCUCAGUGCCGGUAUUCUUCUUUACACCGGCCUAGUUGAGUUACUCGCUCACGAAUUUCUUUUCAAUAAUGACAUGAUAAAUGCAUCAAACAGCAAACUUGCCUAUGCGCUAGUUAGCAUGUUGUGUGGAACUGGCAUAAUGGCCCUCCUUGGACGCUGGGCAUAAGCACCAGUCAUGCUUUCGAUAUAGAUUUCAUUUUGACUGUAUUCGCGGUGACCUUGUUGUACGCUAGAUCUUGUAGACUCUACUGCUGCAUUUUUGGAAUGACCUUGUACUAGUUACUGGGCUUAUGUUUUCAAUCAAUUGGCCUGUCUUGUGUCCAAAUGUUCGAUAAUCAAAUAUUCAAACUCGAGCUUUCAAAAAUAACCUUUUGUUUAAGUAGUGUCAUUUGGUAUUCCUGGACCCAACGGUCCAGGUUUCCAUUUCGAUAAUGAAAUCAGU